AUUUUCAUUCUUCUCUACACAUUUUUACUAUGAAUUCUCACUUCUCUAGUUAUGGACCUUCAAUUCCAUUCUCCAUUGUUCUGAUCUUCAUCUCUUCACUCUCCCCAAACCUUCUUUCUCCCUUCCGGUUCGAAUCCAUUCCAGGAUUCGCGACCCACUUCUAUUUCUCGCCGAGAAACGAUGCACAUACCCACUCUGUUGCUUGUCUCGAUUCUCUUUGCGAGUUUCGCCGUUUCCUUGUCCGACAAGUUUCUCUUCGCCGAUUCGGAGCAAUUUAAGACCCUUCGAUUUGGUUCGUCGGUUCUGUUUCCUGUUAGAGGAAAUGUUUAUCCUCUAGGGCAUUUUACGGUGUUACUCAAUAUUGGCAAUCCGCCUAAGGUUUUUGAGCUAGAUAUUGACACUGGGAGUGAUCUCACUUGGGUUCAAUGUGAUGUUCAAUGUAUUGGUUGCACUUUGCCUCGUGAUAUGCUCUAUAGACCACAUAAUAACGCUGUAAGUCGUGAAGACCCAUUAUGUGCGGCGCUUUCUUCACUGGAUAAGGUCAUUUUCAAGAACCCAAAUGAUCAAUGUGGCUACGAGGUUGAGUAUGCUGAUCACGGAUCAUCCAUUGGUAUAUUGGUCAAAGAUCUUGUUCCCAUGAGACUCACUAAUGGCAAAAUCAUUACUCCCAAUUUGGGCUUUGGUUGCGGAUAUGAUCAGGAAAAUGGUGAUUUGCAACCGCCUCCUUCAAUAGCUGGUGUCCUUGGCCUUAGUAGUAGUAAAGCUACAAUUGUGUCACAGCUAAGCGACCUCGGUCAUGUAAGCAACGUAGUUGGACACUGCCUCGCCGGACGUGGAGGAGGAUUUCUAUUCUUUGGUGGAGAUGUUCCAUCUUCACAGAUGUCGUGGACGCCAAUGUUGUGCAAUUCAGAAGGGAAGUACUCAUCUGGACCUGCAGAGGUCUACUUUAAUGGGAGAGCUGUUGGAAUUGGAAGCCUCACCCUGACUUUUGAUAGUGGAAGCUCUUACACUUAUUUCAACUCCCAAGUCUAUCGUGCAAUAGAGAAACUGUUGAAGAAUGAUUUGAAAGGACAGCCUCUGAAACUUGCAUCUGAUGAUAAAACCCUUGAGCUGUGCUGGAAAGGUCCAAAAGCUUUUGAAUCUGUGAUUGAUGUGAGAAACUUUUUCAAGCCCCUGGCCAUGAGCUUUAAAAACUCCAAGAAUGUUCAAUUUCAAAUACCUCCUGAAGCUUAUCUCAUAAUCAGUAAAUUUGGUAAUGCGUGCUUGGGGAUUUUGGAUGGAACCAAAGAAGGAUUGGGAAAUAUUAACCUAAUCGGAGAUAUUUCUAUGCUGAAUAAGAUUGUAGUCUAUGACAAUGAGCGAAAGCAGAUUGGUUGGGCUUCUGAAAAUUGCAAUAGACUUCCUAGAAAUGAAGCUUCUUGGUGAACAUUGACUGGCUAAGUGGAGAAGUUGUUAUCAUUCAACCCAAUAGAUAGAUCAAGAGUUGGGGAAUCAUAAAAUAAUAUUAAUGAAUAAUAGUUUUGUGUUUGUAUUUGAAUUGAAGAGUUACCGAGAUAGAUAUGGUAACAUCUAAAUCUUUCUCUUUUUU